AUGGACUUGUACGAAUACAUUUUAUUACUUAUUCUACCACAACUAACAGUUGAAGAAUAUGUAGUUGGUUGCUAUUUUACAAAUUGGGCACAGCAUCGACAACAAAAUGCACAAUUUUUACCGAGACAUAUUGAUCCAAAGUUAUGUACACAUUUAUAUUUUGCAUUUGCUGAUAUUGAUAUAAAACUUAAAAUACCGACAACAUUUGAAAAAAAUGAUAUUCUUCCAACAGAAGCACUUUCACCACAUCAUUCUUUUCAACAAUCCAUUGAUUAUCAAAUAAAAUCAAUGAUGGGUAGUGGAGAUUUAACAACAGUAGCACUUUCACAUCCACAACAAAAAAUUGGUUUAUAUGAACAAGUGAAUCGAUUAAAACAUGAUAAUCCACAAAUGAAAACACUUUUAUCAUUGGGUGGUGCAUCGGUGAAUGGAACAAAAUUUCGACUCGUUUUUGGUAAUGCAAAUAAUCGAAAAGAUUUUAUUCGAAAUACUGUUAAAUUUUUACGAAAACAUAAAUUUGAUGGUCUCGAUCUUGAUUGGGAAUUUCCUGAAAAUGAAAAUGACAAGAAAAUAUUUUCAGAGUUAGUCAAAGAUUAUCGUCGUGAAUUUCAAAAUGAAGCUUUUGUUACUAAUCGUGUACGUUUAUUAUUAACUGCUGCUGUGCAAGCGUAUAAACCAAAAAUAGAAGCCGGUUACAAUGUGGCACUUAUUGGACAAUAUUUGGAUUUAAUUAAUUUGAUGGCAUAUGAUUAUCAUGGGGCAUGGGACCCUCAAACUGGUCAUAAUAGUCCUUUAUUUUCUCGGAAAGAACAACGAAAUAAUGAACUACUAUUAAAUCAAAAAGCAUCUAUUGAUACUUGGUUAGAAUAUGGUGUACCCAGUAAUAAACUCGUAUUAGGUAUGCCUAUGUAUGGUAGAACAUUUCGUUUGAGAAAUAAGAAGAAUACACAAAUCAAUUCAGCAGCAAAAGGUGCGGGUAAAAAAGGUAAAUAUACAUUGAGCGAUGGAUUUUUGGCUUAUUAUGAAAUAUGUGAUUUAAUCGCGAAUCAAAAAUGGAAAAAUGAGUGGAGUAGUGAUCAAGAAAUACCGUAUGCGUACAAAGAUGAUCAAUGGGUUGGUUAUGACAAUGUUGAAAGUAUUAGAAAAAAAUCUCUGUAUGUAGCUGAGAGAAAUUUAGCAGGCGCUAUGGUUUGGUCUCUGGAUCUUGACGAUUUUACAGGGGAAUUUUGUAAAGCUGGAAAAUACCCGUUAUUAACUACAAUAAAGAAAACAUUAGAUACAUUACAACCACCCACCACACCCAUUCGUAUACAAAAGAUGACAACUGAAGCGUCGUCAAUCGCUACCUCUGAUUUUCCAUCUAGUCGUCAUACACUAAAUCAAGCACGGUUAGCGACAUUGCCCGAUUUAUCAGCCGUUAAAUUAUCAUCUAAAUUAUUUUCUAACAAUGAAUUACGUGCAUUAAUAAGGUCAAACUUGAAUUUGAUCUUAUCAUUACCUUUUCGGUUAUUAAUCGGGGGCGAUCUAAGAGAUAUUAGCAUCAACUGUUGUGUACUUACAGAUGUAUGCACAAAAACCUACAAUAAAAUGAAAUUGAUGUUUGUUGGUAUACAAGCUGUUGGAAAAACAUCGCUUUUAAACUGUUUAAGACGAGAAGGUACUGGAUCAUAUCAAAGACAAACAAACAAAACAUGGUCAUCAAGACAAAAUGGAGAUCGUACAAUCUCGUCUACAAUAUCAAAUCGCUCCACAAAAUAUGAUAAUCUAUCAACAGUGGGUGUCGACAUAUCUGAUUGGAUCAUUACACGUUCUCAAUAUGGACCAGUCACAUUUCGGACAUGGGAUUUUAGUGGCCAACGUGAAUAUUAUGCAACACAUCAAUAUUUUUUUUCAAGACGUGCCCUCUAUUUGGCUUGCUGGAAAAUUUCUGAUGAUGAAAAAGGUAUUAACGAUAUACAUCAAUGGCUAAUCAAUAUUCAAGUACGUAAAUAUUCAUAUUUUUAA